GAGGGCACGUAGGCAGUACAGGAGGGGUCGUGUGUGUCUGUUUGUGUUGGAGGCUCCAAGGCAGGCAGGCGGGCGGGCGAGGAGGUAGGUAGGAGCAGAGCGGUGUGUGAGGCUCGGGGAGGGGCUAGUCCUCUUUGAACUCGGCUAGUCGGGCAGGAUGAGGCGGUCCCUGUCGGGGCGGCGGGCCCUACGUGCGAAAGGCUGGCGAGGCUGCGAGCGGGUGCGCCGAGCUUGAUCCGCAGCAGGAGCCCCACCGGGGACAGGGCAGGGUCGCGGCGGAUGCGUGUCUUUACGUAGCGCGAGUCGGAGUUGGGCAAGACUCGCUGGGGAAAGCGGCUGCAUGGGCAGCGGCGAGGGUGGGUGCAGUGGCGGCGGGCAUGGGGGAGCAGCUCAGCACGGCCAGCACCCCACCGCAGCCAGCCGCCGCCUCCAGCAGUAGCAGCCGCCGCCAGGAGCUGCCUCCCCCGGCUGCCGGAGCUCCGCCGCCGCCGCAAGACGUGCUCAGCCGAAGGGCAUCAAGGCCACAGCAAGAGGACGACACCGCACCGCCGCCGCCUGCUGAACCGCAGGGCCAGGAAGCCGAGGAAGGCAGCGGGUCUCCCCCGGCAGAAGAUCGGAAGCGGGAAGCGUUGGAAGCAGGCAGCAGCCCCCGAGACGGCUUGGAAGCGGGAAGCAGCGGUAGCCGCCCCCGGCUUCCUCGGAGGCCCGUCUAUUGCACCGUCUACUGUGUGGAGAGCGACCGGCGGCCGGCCGGCCCUCCUGCCUCUCCUGCUCCAGAAGACGGCCAGGGAGGUGGAGGAGAGCCCCUCUCUGACGCGGCCCCGCCACCCUCUGUGCAAGGAGGAGGGGGGAGAAAAGGCGGUGGCAACAGCAGUAGCAUCGAGGUCGACUUGUACCUUCUGCCCGAGCCCUUCUCCGGGCUGAUCUCCGGCGACUUUGGGCCCUUGUUGGUGCUGACUUGCCGCGUGUGUCUGGAGGAGAAGCCCCUCAAGCCCUUGCCCUGCUGCAAGAAGCCCGUCUGCGAGGAGUGCCUGAAGCGCUAUCUCAGCUCCCAAGUGCAGGUGGGGCAGUCGGACAUCCAGUGUCCAAUCACAGAGUGCAGUGAACAUCUGGAUGAAACAACUGUCCUCUACAAUUUGCCACAUGAUGACAUCAUCAAAUAUAAGUACUUCCUGGAACUUGGCCGUAUUGGCUCGAGCACCAAGCCAUGCCCUCAAUGCAAGCACUUUACAACCUUCAGGAAGAGAGGCCACAUUCCAACCCCAACCAAAAUGGAAAACAAGUACAAAAUUCAGUGCCCAACUUGCCAAUUUGUGUGGUGUUUUAAGUGCCACUCUCCCUGGCAUGAAGCUGUCAAUUGCAAAGAGUACAAAAAGGGAGACAAGCUGUUGCGUCACUGGGCCAAUGAAAUUGAACAUGGGCAAAGGAAUGCUCAAAAGUGUCCAAAGUGCAAGAUCCACAUCCAGAGAACAGAAGGAUGUGACCACAUGACUUGUUCACAGUGUAAUACUAAUUUCUGUUACCGCUGCGGAGAGAGAUACCGCCAACUUCGUUUCUUUGGAGAUCACACGUCAAACCUCAGUAUAUUUGGAUGCAAAUAUCGCUACCUCCCUGAGAGACCACACUUAAGGAGACUAGUACGAGGCUCUGUUUGUGGUGGAAAGUUGAUCAUUGCACCAUUGAUACUCGUUUUGGGACUGGUAAUAGGAGCCAUAGCUGUUAUAAUAGGUUUAUUUGUUUUCCCCAUCUAUUGCCUUUGUAAAAAGAAGAGGAAAAGGCCACGAACAGAAAUGCCCUGGUACGAAUGAACCAUUGUAUGUUUGAAUGGAUCUGGUCCUGCAAGGCUUAUACAAAACCUGUUCAACACAGCAAUCCUGUACUGGUUACUAUCUUGAAGCCGCAGUUCUGGCAGAGUAUUGGGGGGCAUCUGCCCCAGCCCUCUGCACAGUACACUACAAAAGACAGGCCAGAAUACUUGUCUGCUCUGGUGCCUCUGUUGAGGCGUCUCAACUUCUUUUUAAUUUUUUUUUUAAAUGAUUUUCAAGGGUUUAGAUCAACUCCUGAUUUAUGGAUAGCCUAGUCACUUUCUUGAACAGCCUAAAUUUGCAUUGUAACUGCACAUCUACUGUUGGCCCAUGAAAGGAGUAUUUGACUUUUUUCUUUGUUAAUGUAAUUCUAGGUUUCUCAGGAGAAAUACUUACAUGCAGUUUGAGUGAAGAGAGCUUGUUUUGUUAUAGAGGUUGGCUCAAUACAUUCAAUUAGUUUAAACAGUGUUCUGUCUAACAUGACCGGCAUACUGUCACAUGCUGAAUUCAGUAGCUGACUAUAUUAUAUAUGCAACUUGCCCAUAAGUAGGGUGUUUGAUCACAUGUUUGGUAGUAGCUACAGUUUGUUAAACUCUCAAUACCUUAAAGGGAACAUGGUGGGAAAUGGUUAGAAUAGUGUCUUUUUCAAUUUUUCAAGGGGUUAUCUUAGAUCUGUGGGAGAGUAUGAUACCACUUCAAUGUGUUUGAAUUGUGUGAGCUGCUUAGAAUGCCUAAUAAUGUUCAGUCCAUUUAACUUUCAAAUACAUUGAAUUAGAGAAAGAGCUUAAAGUUUGUAUUUUAUGGUCUCUGGAAUUUGACAUAAACACCUUAUGGUACUGCUGGCCAUAUACAUUGCAGACCAGUAAAAUGAUCACAUUAAAAUAUACUCUAGUAAAUAAGGAUCUAGCCAAAAUCAUGGCAAAUGCAGAAAAUCAUAUGUGUCUUGGAGUAUAUUUCAGAAGAUUUAAGACUGUUCAGUUGGGAAAACAGCAAUUUGUCUUGAGACAAUCCAGAACAGCCCUAUUCCCCAUAACUGCAGCCGUACUUGGCUAAAAGUGAGCAGGCUUAUUAAUGUUAGGCCAGUUCAGACACAAGGUCAUUUGGUAAAAAAUUUUUCCUGAUAGGAGCAGGCUCAGGCCUUGAGAGCCAUCAUAUGAAUUACUUGUGUUGCAAGUCACCUGAUAGCAAUAGUCUUUGCCAUUCCCAAAAGUGUUGAGAGUAUGGAUUGUUGGUGAACUCAUGUGUGGCAUCAGUUGUAUGGUAUUGGACAAAUGUGCUUUUGAGACCCUGGCCCAUUGCUACUAGCCUGAAUAGCUUAAUUGGCCCAUAUACAUUGCAAUUUGAGCAGUUUUAUUGAAAUGUCAUUUGUAAAACCCUAGGGUUUUAAAAUAAUUAUUCUGUUCCAUAAAACCGAGUACUUCAUGUUUGAAUGCAGAAACAGAUACCCAAAGGUCUUACUUAUAUAUUGUUCUUGAUCUUUUUUUAUAUAUAUGUAAGAUGCAUGGAGCUACUUGAUUUAAGAAUAAGGAGAAAUAAGUGGGAAUUUAAAAAACAUUUUGCUGUUGUGUUAUAUCUGUAUAGCAAAAGAGUGCAUUAAGCACACUAAGAAAUUCAGAACAAUGCAUGACACAAUGAUCUUUUCACUUACAUGCUGAAAAUUUGCGGGGGGAAAUAAGAAAGUAUUAAUGAAAGAAGCAAUGAGUAUUUGCAAGUUCUAUGUUCAAUCUGUUUUAAUGCUUGUAGCCACCAUAAGUUUAACAUAUGGUUAUUUGGCAUACAUUGUACUUUAAACUAUUCUCAGCAUUCAUUACAAAAGCAGUCAGAUCGAUGUAGAACAGUUCCCAGUGCAUCUUAUAGUUUGAUCUUUGGAACCAAAAAGCCUCCAUUGAAAUUAGUAGACGAUUUAACUUGUGUGGCAAUGUGUCCUCUGCCUAUUUUGUUUUAUUAUGUCAGCUUGUGUCAAAAACCCAACAAUACUAAAACUUAUCAUCUUUUCAGCUUCUAAAAUUAGACUGCACUUCAUAAAUGAUGAAAUUCCAGCUUACUAGAAAGACUAAUUAGAAUUUAAUCACAAUUGAAAGUGAAGUUGUUUCUGUUAAAAAUUUAUGUGCACUGUGGGUUGUAGCCAAAGACUGUUAGUCACAACUAAGUCCCAUUGAAAUUAGUAGGACUAAGUCAUGAUUUUGUCCCAUUGGUUUCAGUGGUGCUAAAUUAGGACUAAUUUUCAUUGGAUACAAUUCUAUGCUGUUACAAAUGUUUUAGUUUACUUAACACAUUGCUCCUUUACUGUAUUGUGUCUCAAUGUCAACUGCUGCCUUAAACAAAUCUUUAUAAUGAUUGUAUACUUUGACCUAGCCCCAGAUAAUUAUGUGUUUCUCAGGCCAAACUUGUUUGUUGUCUUUGGUUUACUCAGGGAUCUUGGUCUUUCAUUAAAAUGUCAAAUACAUUUGUGAGGGAAAAAUUUCUAAUAUUUAGAUAACAUUCAAGCAUAUAAGUUAUCAUGAAAUGUGGUGCAGGGUGCAUUAAAGCAAUGUCAAGGCAUCUGUUUGAUUUAAGAAUCACUGAUGAACUACUUGAGCUUUUCCCAUACUGUUCCAUAUUUAUUUUUGUUCUCUUCUACACAUUUGAAAAAUUCUUACACUUGGUAACCCUCGGACAUCAUAUUGAUGACUUCAUGUGCGGAAGCAAGUUUUGUACAGGAAGCUCCUUGUCUUGACAGAUGGCCAGAGAGUCAAAUCCCAACAGUGACUGUCACCUGUUGGGCAAGGAUUGAUUCUUGCCCAACAUCCUCCUUCCAACAUGAACCACCAGAUUUUAUUUGAUCUACCAGAACUGGCGCAGCCAACAGUCUCUCAAUUAUGUGUGCAAGAUCUGGAAUCACCACAUGAUAUCCCUAGAUACUAGAUGUAGGUCUUUGUCUCUGUGCAAUGUGUGCAUAUGGGACCACAUCCAGAAGAGUAAUCUGUGCAUGGAACCUUAUUUCUGCAAGGGGAUCAUCCUUGCUGGAUUAUGUAUAGGCACAUAAUAUUUUGUUUUAUUGCUGUGGAACAUCUUGAGUCUAGGAAGUAUUUAUAUAUUAGGAUAAGUGAAAGGCAUGAAUAGGUAUACAGUAUCUGUGUUUAUACAUAAGGGGACUGUAAAGGGUUAGAUGCAACUGUCAUCUGCUGAAAUGUGGAAAUGUUUUACUAACACAAAGCAUGCCAUUUUAAGACUAGUAUUGAGUGCAUAUCAGUCAAAACCUCUGGCUAACCUUGCUUCAAUGCAUUUAAGUUCACAUAUUUAGAUAAUUGUAUUUGUAAUUUCUGUAAGCAGAUUUUAUAUUCAAUUUUGUAUUAACUGACCCUUUCCAAAAAUUGGUCUCGUACAAAAGCAAGAGAUGCAUUAGAUUCCUGGUUUUGCUGGCCCCUAUUGUAAGUCAAUACUAUCCUGUAUUGCUAAAUCUAAUUUUAAGAAUAAUCAAUGAGCACAUUCAUUGAGCAGCCAUAAAUGACAGCUGGUUAACUGUGUACUGAGAGUCAGAAAAAAAGUAUUCAAAAAUGUAUUUUUCUGAACAGAUUAUUGAAUGUUACAAGCCAUGCUCUGAUUUUUGCCUUACACAGCUUGUAUUAGAUUUUGUUCUGCUUAUCUGUUGCUUUAAAUUGUACUAAGUUGUGAUGCAAUGCAAUGCAAAAUGUUCCUAUGCCCCUGACCACUUAUCCAAAUGAAACAGACUUAAAAUAUACAUUGAGAUGGUUCUAAAAUCUCUCUUUGAGAGAACACUAUUCCUGUUAGGUGGGUGCAUGGACCGAUUUUAGCAGUUUGGUUUGAAUUCGAACUGAACUGGUGGUCUGUGAACUGGUUCAAUCAAAUGACUGUCUGGUCCAUUCAAUCAAACCAAUUUGGCAGUUCAAGGGGCUAUGCUUAUAAAGGGGAUUGUGUUGAGGAAUCCCCUUUGCAAGCAAAGGGGAAACUUGGCUUUAAAAGACUCCGUGACGGGGGACAAUGACAGCGAGAGGUCAUCUUUAAAAGUAGUUGUAAGGUGCUUACCAGUCUGUCUCUUUCUCCAGCAGCAUGGCAAUUAUGCAGUCCUUGAACCGACAUGGCCUCCAUGCAUGCAUGGAGGUCACAUAAAUAGCCUCUGCGCAGGCCAGGUAAUUUCAGAAACUGCUCCACCACCACAUGGGCGGGCUGCUGGGGGGAGCGCCAGACCGAUAAGCACCUUACAACUACUUUUAAAGGUGCCCCCCCCUUUAGAAGCCUUUUAAAGCCAGGAUUCCCCUUUGCUUCUAAAUGAGAAUCCUCACCCGAUUUCCCUUUACAAGUAUAGUUCCUCGAAGUGGUUCAAACCGGUCCACCACAGACCAGGAUCGGUUCAGUUCAAUCGUGGACCAGCCCAUCUUUCCUGGAGGCUGGUGUGGUUCACAAUUGAACCUUUGAACUGGCCCAGUUUGUGGUGGACCAGUUCGCAAUCAAAUGGCUUGUGCACACCCCUAACUACCAUUGCCCUCUUUUACUUUAACAUUGCAAAGCUGAGAAGGUUGAGCAAUUUAGUCCAUAACUGAGCAUUUCUACAGGGCAGCAUGCAGACCUAGAAAGGUUAGUCAUUAAUUUUCAAUGGGACUUAGUUAAAACUAAUUUAGUCUGAAUGCUGCCCAUUGUAUUUUAUGGUACUGAUCAGUGUUCCCUCUAACAGGGGUUCUCAGCUGUUGUUGACUACAACUCCCAGAACCCCAAGCAAAAUCCAUUGCAGCUGGGGAUUCUGGGAGUUGUAGUUAACAUCAUCUGGGAAUCUCUUUUAGAGGGAACACUAGUACUGAUUGCCACACACAUUCUUUUUAUGCUUCAGUGUAUUAAGAUAUUGUCAAAUACAAAUAAUUCUAUUUGCAUUGCAAGUAGAUCACAGUACAACAGUUAUUACUUGGUGUUAAUGUAGAAACUACUCUCUUUCAAUCUGAUUUAUAAAACUAUUGUAACUCCUUCUAGAACCUUCAGUAGAUUGCCCCCAGCAAUCUAAAUUUUCAGUAAACUAGCUUUUGAAAACAUAUCACUGCAGCCCUUACAUCUGGAUUCUUAGUAUUUAAGAUUUCCCAGGAGAGUUCGUGCUGAAACACAAUUCUUCUCCCCCCAUCCCCAAAAUGCAGAGGUAGCUUUAAUUCUGAGAUUGUAAUCACUGUAAUGGUGAUGUUUCACAUUGAGUUAUGAUAAAAUCCUUGCCAAGGCAUGCUAUGAAUUCUAGGGAAUAUACAUUUAAUGUGUUUCUGGAGUGGGUGGGGGAAAGCCUGAUCAAUUACAUUUCAACCAAUAUCACACACACACAUUCUCUCUCUCUCUCUCUCUCUCUAACCAUUCUUGUUACCAAAAUAGGGAGUGCUGCUGUGUGGAUUUGUGUCAUAGUUCAGUGAAAUAUUGAGGCCAUACACACAAUCCCCGCUGGUUUCACCUGCCUCCCCGCCCCCCAAGACAAUCUGUUGUUGAGUCUCCCACCACUCUACUUUAUGCUCAGACUAUCUGCUCUACUCCGUGCAGCUUGGACCAUUAGAGGCCGGGACUCAUUUCACCAGCUUCCAGAUAUCCCUCAAUGUACUGUGCAAUGAGUGCAGUGCAUUGGGGGAUACUUCCAUGAGAUGAGCACUCUAGGUGCCCAUCUCUUUGUGCACUCAGGCUGCAAGCAGCCCAAGCGCAUGCACACGACCCCAGCACCAGGAUUCAGGGUGCACUUGCACCCUUAACCUCAGCUAAAGGCUGGGCUUCAAAGUGGGAUUAGGCGGGCAGCACCAAGAUCUGCGUGGAUCCUGGCGCUGCACAUGAGCAGCCUAACCCCGGCUGGCCUGCCCUAGCAUUGUUGAGACUGCUCAUGAGAACAGCAUUACUGAGUGAUCUUUCAUGCAAAAUAAUUCUAUACAAGUCUUAGUUUAUUAAAAUGUAUGCCAGAGUAUACCCAAAUUGUCCUUCUUGCCUGAAAGAGGACUUCCAUGUAUGCCUAGCCCUUCUGAACAUGGCCCCAUAGCCACAUAUGUAGAAUUUAAAAAAAUUCUAUUUAAUGGGACAAAGCUCUACAUUCUGCUCUACAUGUGCACAGCCUACAGGUAAUCAUUCAGAACCACGAGAUCUGAUGACUCCCACCAACUGAUAAUCAGCUCUGCCAAAGCUGCCAUUGUGAACCUUUUUUUUUUUUUUUUGGCAGCAGAGACCUUGAUAUGCAUUCUUGUAUGUGACAGUGGGAUCUUUGGCUCAUGGUUAUAGUUUCACAAAGUGUAGAAUACUUAAUGUUUACGAGAAAUCUUGAUGUUCACCAUGUUUGGAGUCAUAUCCAUAAGUUUCAAGAGGUGAACUUGUGUUUUGUUUUGUGUGCCAUCUUUACUAAAAUGAUGUAAUGUAAUGCCAAUUUUUAUAUGUCCUCAUAAUCUCAGUUUUUAAUUUCUGUAAAGGUGUCUAAACUAACUUGUACUUGAAGCCCCUGAUUGUUUGAGAAAGCAAGCUUUUAUUAUUAUUAUUAUUUUUAAAAACAUCGGGGCAUAUUAAAAUUAAAUUUAGAACUAUUGUGCUUCUGAGCUGUACACAGAAUGCAUCUGAUCAUACAUCCUCAUUAAGGCAAUAGAAAUGACUUCUGAACAGGGAUGGUAGACUGAUUUAUGCAAAGUGAAGAUCAAAUGGUAUACUUUCUGUGGUUAAAGUCAGAAUAAAAGUAUUCCUGCUCUUC